AUGCUAAAAAUUAUUGGUUCCGGUUCGUUUGCCACUGUGUAUAAAGUGAAGCCGCACAACAAUUAUGAUGACGAAAAACAAAAUAAAGUUCUAAAAGAAGUGGAAAUAUAUAACAACUCAUGGAUUGAAAGGGAACGCCUGUACAUACAGAUGGAGUACUGCCCGCAAACACUCGCAGAUGUACUCAAAGAUAAGUCACAUGUAUUUAAUAGACAAGCAAAAGAACCGAUGAAAAUAUUUGAACAUUUCAUAUCGUGUGAAAUAUUUCGUGAACUUUUGGAAUCUGUUAAAUACCUUCACUCAUCGAACCCACCGAUCAUCCAUCGGGAUAUAAAACCCAAUAAUGUGUUGGUAUUAAAUAAUCCACAUAAUGAUAGGUUUAUAAAACUGGGUGACUUAACUCUGGCUACAUAUCACGAGCCCGAUAUGGCUCACAGCAUAGGGAAAGGAACGCCAAAAUAUAUGGCACCAGAAGUUCCAUUUAAUGAAGAGGAAAAAUCCCGUGUUCUCAAAGAAGUGGACAUUUUGUCAAAAUGUUACUCAUAUUUUGUGGUAAAGUAUUAUCACUCGUGGAUUGAAUUCAAUCAACUUUACAUUCAAAUGGAGUUCUGUCCACAAAAUCUUAAUGAUGUUCUCAAAGACAAAGAAACACUAUUUCAAAGGCAACGCUCGGAUCCCUUUAAUAUCUAUGAAUAUUUUAUAUCAUGUGAAAUAUUUCGUGAACUUUUGCAAUGCGUUCAAUACCUUCAUGGAUUGCACCCACCGAUCAUUCAUCGGGAUAUAAAACCGGCGAAUAUUUUAAUUUUACAAAACACUAUUAAUAAUACGUUUAUAAAGUUGGGUGACUUUGGUUUGGCCACUGAACACAAUCGGGUACUUAUGAGCCAUACUUGUGGGGCGGGAACUCCCGAUUUUACAGCACCUGAAGUGGGUCUUGAUAAUACGUAUGACUUUAAAGCAGAUAUUUUUAGUGUUGGUGUGACUGGAUUCAAAUUGUUUGAAAUAAACACAAGGUCAAUGUCCAUUGAUUAUGACCACAAAGACCGCACCCGAACGGGCCGACCCCACAAAGUGGGAAAUCGGGUGCCAAAUUAUCGGGAUGUGUCCAAUUAA